AUGUGUCGAUUUGCUGCUUUAGUGCUCUUCGCGCUUACUUUCAACUACGUUCGUAGCGACUUGGUUCAGCCAGAGGAGGUCAGCAGCAAAACAGAAGAUGCCACGCAACCUCAUGUCGACCCGAAACCUCUUGUUGUACCAGCCGAAGAAACAAAAGCACCUAGGGAGCAAUCUGUUAGCUUCAGCGGCUUAGAUGGUCUACACAACUUCUUUGAAGGCUUGUUCAAACUACCACUCCUUGAGCCAAUCACUCUCUCAUCUCUACCAAACUUCUUCAGAUCGCCGCAAACAGCCGAUUAUUGCAUUCCCAAGCUGAAAAGAGAGUUCAAAGAAAAUAACGCUUACUUUCACGAUGUACAAAAGCAAGUUGAAGAGAACAACAUCGCCGGUGCCUAUGACGUCGUUUUUGCAAAGGCAAGAGAAAUUUGCACUGUUGAGCAAGUAGAAAGAAUGAAGGCCCUGGACGAAAAGUAUGCCACUAUCAAGCAAAAUGUACAAACCCUGGCGCCUGUAUACAACAAACAGACCAAGGACCAGGUGCUGCAGUGGCUGAGAGACGACAACUUCUUGGCACUUUCCGGGUUUCUCGUAAAAGAGAGUUUGGCCAAUAUGCACAACGCAACAUUGAACUCGAAACUAACACAGACCUCACUUCAACUGGGCUCUAUGCAAUUCGAUCAGUUCCUUGAUCCCAUAUGA